CGGCCGAACGGUGGCGCUAAAAACGGGUCCGUGCCGUGCCGUGCCUCCCCCAAUUCCCGUUCCCAAAAAUAUCCUCCCCACCGCCACCGCCACCGGAUAUUCCACCCCGCCCCGGGAGCCAAGCCGAGCCAAAGGCCGCCGCAGCGAAUGGCUCCGCCCGCCGCCGGCAGGCCCUCGGCCUCCGCCGCGCCGGAGCCUCCCCUGCGGGAGGCCGCCAAGCGCCGACGCGCGCCCGCGUGCGCCGGCGCCGGGGCGCGCAUCGUCUCCUUGGGCGUGCGGGGCGCCGUGAUGGUCGCCGCGCUCGUGCUCUUCCUCCUCUUCGCCGCCGCCGCGGUCAUCCUCAUGCUCGCGCUCCUCGUCGCCGCGCGCGCCUUCCGCCAGCAGGGCCGCCGCCGGCACCGCGCCCGGCCCGACUCCUCCGCCCCGCCGCCGCCCCCCGCCGUCGGCCUCCCGUCCGCCAAAAUCCGCCUCCUGCCCAGCUUCGUGCCCUGCCCGUGCGACGGCGGCGGCGACCCUUCCUCGCCGCGGAUCUGCCCCGUCUGCCUCGACGCCGCGCGCGCCGGGGAGCGGUGGCGCGCGCUGCCCGCCUGCGGCCACGCGUUCCACGCGGCCUGCGUCGACCGGUGGCUCCUCUUGUCGCCGGGGUGCCCCGUCUGCCGCGCCACGGUGGCCGUCCCCGUCAGCUGAUCGUGAGCUCCAGGCACGGGACAGCAUCAAGAAGUUGCACAGGGCUGUAAAGGUUCGGUUCCGUCAGCCGUUCGACGAAAAGCCUCCCCCUCUGUAGUCGUAGCUGGUAGUAGGCUUUGUGUGGAUCUUUCUGCUGUUGUAAAGCGAGAGGCAGGGAGACGAUGCAUAAAACAAGUUUCUCCUUAAGGAGAACUUUGCAAUGUCAACUUCUUUAUCUAUUUUCAUCUCA